AUGGAUGAACGAAACUGCUCCUCAAUCACACAAUUUGUUCUAUUGGGAAUUACUGAUAACUCUUUCAUAGAAGUGGUUCUAUUCAUUGUAUUUCUUCUCAUCUAUCUCCUUAUUCUUCUGACAAAUAUUGGAAUGAUUGUUUUGAUCAGAAUGGAGCCCCAGCUUCACACACCAAUGUACUUCUUCCUCAGUCACCUCUCUUUCUCAGACCUCUGCUAUUCCACUGCAGUUGGACCAAAGAUGCUUGUGGACCUAAUGGACAAACACAAAUCUAUAUCUUUUGUUGGCUGUGCCUUGCAGUUUUUCGUCACGUGUAUCUUUGUAGACGCUGAGUGCAUGCUCCUGGCAGUGAUGGCCUUUGAUCGGUACAAGGCCAUUAGCAAUCCCCUGAUGUAUGCUGUAGAGAUGUCCAAUAGAGUUUGUUAUUGCCUCCUAGCUGGAGUUUACCUCAUAGGAAUGAUAGAUACUGUGAUACAUACUAUAAUGACUUUUGGGCUAUGUUUCUGUAGAUCUAAUGAGAUUAAUCAUUUUUUCUGUGACAUCCCUCCCAUCCUGUUACUAUCUUGCUCAGAUACACAGGUCAAUGAGUUAGUCACCUUUAUUAUUUUUGGUUUGAUUGAACUCAGCACCAUCUCAGGAGUUCUUGUUUCUUAUUGUUACAUCAUGUCCUCAGUCUUAAAAAUUCACUCCACUGAGGGGAGAUUCAAAGCUUUCUCCACCUGUGCCUCUCACUUAACUGCAGUUGUCAUUUUCCAGGGAACACUGCUGUUCAUGUAUUUCCGCCCUGCUUCUGCUUACUCUCUGGAUCAAGACAAAAUGGCCUCAGUGUUUUACACCCUAGUGAUUCCUAUGCUUAACCCUCUGAUUUACAGCCUUAGGAACAAGGAUGUAAAGGAGGCCCUGCAAAAACUAAAAAAUAAAAUAUUCUUUUAA